GUAAAAGAACAUAUGGGUGAGAAUAUAUCGAGGCAGCGAGGAAAAAUGGAGUAUGUCAAGAACGACGCAGAGACGACCGAGGCACGCAGUAAUCCAUCAAUAAAUCAAAUAGGCAUAGACAAGAAUAAAUAACCCAAUAGUAAUGUGACCAAGAAUAACUGAAAUCAAACAACACUCUUGCCUCCAUUAAAUCUAACGGAGGCAUUAUACGGUAAACAGAAUAAAAACUCAGUGUUAUGGUAUUAGAAGCACUGGCGCACUAAAGAGAGGAAGCCGUGGUGCCAGCAGGUUAGCAGGCUUAGAAACUGUUUGUUGUGAGAGAGGACGCAGUAUUGAGCCAGACAGUCAGACACUCUCCGGUCAAUCCCCAAGUAAGCUUCUCCACUCGUCUUCGCUGACCGAGUGUUCCCUCAGGAUGCAAAACCACACAAUGGCUGAGGCAGGAGUGGGGCCCACGACAACCCUACCAUGAACAGAUGGUCCAAUAACUACUACACCCAGUCAUCAAACAAAGAUCGCAGAUCUCACGCCAAACCCUCAGCCCCAGCCCUCAGCCGCUCACGCCGGGUUAGUCUCGCGAAGACUGGAAGUAAUGGCCACGUUACCUUGUGUGUGUUCCGCGUGGCAUACCUCACCCAGCUCACCCUGAAGUCCCACAUUGAGAGCCAGGGUGUGCAGGUACUCAACAUCGAGCAGGUCUCGCUCAGGGGUGCAGGCUACAAGUCCUUUGCAGUGACAGUAAAGGAGAAGGACGCGCCUAAAUUACUGGACAGGAGCUUCUGGCCCGGUUUGGUGUCCUGCAGGCCCUUACAGGAUGCUGACCCGUGGCAUAAUGAUGUGUUCAGCAGGAGACUUGCCCGAGAACCGCAUCGCCAUGACAGUCACUCGGAAAAAAGCCCCUGCCACAGCAGGAGGGUCAGCAGAGUGGGAGACACACGGCCCGGCUAUGUGGAGGACGAGCCAAGGACAGUCCAAGCUGCAGGUGCCCGGCCACAGAACAUUAUUGAAAAGAAGGCAAAAGUGAAUAACAAAACUAAUCCCAACAGAAUAAAGAAUAGUGAAAGACAGAAUGACAAAGAAUUACACAAACCAUUGAAGGAACGAAAGCAAAUCACCACAAAUGAUAAAAGACCCAAAACCACUACACAUAAGGGAAAUAAGUCAGUCAAAUUGCCAACAAACACAAUCAGAACAAAAUGCAAAAACAGUGAUGAAAAUUCCCUUAAGGAACAUGUUGUUGUUAAUAAAGCUGCACACAGAAAGACUCAGACAGUUGCUCAGAGAAGCUCCAGAACUAGAAAGCCAUACCUUGUAAAUUCUAGCGUCAGUAAGAACAGGAAAGCUAAGUCUGAUACUAGAUCUCGUAAGACAAGUAACAAAAAUGAGGGGAAGUCCAAUAGCAAAAUGAUAAAUGAUGCAAGAAUUCAACCAGAAAAGUCCAGUGUUAAUUCAGUCCCUUCUUCACAGGUGUCACCUCACCAUAUGACAUUCACUUCUAGUAAAAAAUAUAAAAAUGUUAACAGUAACACCAAUGAUGCACAUGAUAGCAAGUAUACUGUCAACAAACCACAGGCGAGACAGUCAAGCUGGACCACACCACUAAGGAGGCUGCUCAGUGUGUCCUCAGAGGAGGCACUCAGAAGGCUGCUGGGACCUGACUAUGACAGACUCCUCACUCAGUAUGACCUAACAGAUCAGGAGAUCUUCCUAGGUGUGAGGGUGCUGGCUCACAGUGCACGGGCUGAUGGGGGUCCAAAGAGACUAGAGCAACUGGUGUACAAGAUUUGUCAGCCUCAAGUUGUGUCUCUCAUUAAAGAGUUCACAAGGACAGUGGAAGAGAAGUACAAGGCAAGGGCUGAGAGGUACUUCUGGGAUUUGGGUGAAUUCCUGGAUCUGUACAUAGUUCACAAUAUCUUCCUUCAAGGUAUGCUAAGUUUAUUUACUACAUGCUUAUCCAAGAUUUUAGCUUUGAAUUACAGGAAGUAUGUGAGUGAUGAUCUAGUGAAGGUAUACAGAGGUAUGCACGCCAAAGUGUUUAAGAAUUUACCUCAAGGCUUAGCAUAG